CGCGGAGCAGGCAACGCGCAAACAGUUCGCGUCCACCCCGUUCGCUUCUGAAGUGUCUCACUCGUUUGUCUACAUCUCGCGUGUUCUCCGCUCUUUUUCCUUCCACUAGAUUUUUUCACGAUCUGCCCCCGGUGUGCCAAUGUCGUAUGUGUGUAUGUGUAAGGGAAGGUAGAUGUGUCCAAGUUUCGCGAGUGUGCGUAAAAACGGGGUCCACGUGGACAUGUAUCGUCGGCGCGAAAGCUCGUUCUUGUGAAGUUUUCACUCGGGCGGAAAAGCGUUUUCUGCGUCGGUUUUCGUCGCCGACGAUGAAAACCGAUCGUGAAUCGCGUCACCGACGAACGCUGUCGAUAAGCCCUGGCGGUGGCCUUGCUUGUGUAUCGCGCCGUUAAUGAAUCCGAAGGGUCGCCGGGAAUGUUCCGAUGAAUGUACGGUCAAUUAAUCCCUGCAACGACAUGUGAUGGCCUCCGCAUUAGUGCCGCGUCGCGUCGUCGUAAUACGCUUCCGAAUUCGGUGGUAUUUAGUUGCAAAUUGAUCCGCACUGAUCCCGCGCGUGCCAGGUGGUCUCUCGCGCCAGAUCGGUCCGGAAAUCGUGGUGUUUUUCCAAACGCCGUUCUGUAAUCCGUGUUGUUUUUAAUGCAGCGUGUGUACGAAACGCGCCCGAUAUUCUGUAUGUGUGUGACCGACUGAAAUGUCAGCGCAGAUACACGGCCGACGUCACCUGUUGCUGGCAAUUAACGAAUGCGUCGCGCUCUGAUGUCGGCUUUAUGAAAAGCAAGCUCGCGGAUUCCUUCCUUCAGGCGCAAGUGCUACGGCGAUACGAAUUCAGCCCAUUGAUACGUCCCGACUUUCGCUUUGUAACUUUCGUUACAUACUGGAACAGUACGGAAGCACGCUGCCGCAUAUUGUGCGUUGUAUAAUUGAUCUAUCGACGAUAAUAAGUCAGAAGAAACGGAUAAAUCAACUAGCGAUCGCCGGUCGAUUGCUCUUCGUACGCUGCCGUCGCAACUCAGCAGCUUUCGGCCCGAAAGCGCUCGAAGAACGCCGAGCUUGUUUUCGCGCGCUCGAACUGUUCGACGACGCACGACGAUAAACAAUUGAGAUAUUUGUUGAGUUCAUUAUCAAUUGUGAUAUUUAUGAUGGACGAUCGCAUUUUUCUACCGAAAAUGAAGAGAUUCUUGUGCAAAUAUCGAGUACGAUUGAUGUUUCAAAUGUAAAAUGCAAUCAACAAUUGCGACAUAUUAUUUUCCGCGAGUUUGCGAGUAUAGUGUUGACGAUUAUAUUACAGAUUCCUUGUGUGUUUUUCGGGUCUCGUCGUCAUUUCCUGCGUGCAUCUGCGAGUGCUUUUUGGAAAAUGUGACUGAAAGAUCCAUCCGAUAAAACAAAUCAGAGACAUUAAAUGAAUUAUUUCUGUCGCGUUUACUUCGAUCACAAAUCGAUUGUUCUUCGUGCGCCGCCGUCGCAAUGCGAAUGCCGUCGGACGCUUUCGCGCGUUUGAACUACCCGACGACGUAUGAAGAUAGCCGAUUGAGACAUUCGUAGUUUUCUGUCAAUAGUGACGGACGGUCACGUUUUUCUCCCAAAAAAACGAGAUUCUUGUGUGAAUAUCGAAUGCGAACGUUGUCUCAAAUGUGUAACGCAGUGCCAACAAUCGCGAGUGACGCGUUGUCUCGCGCAAAUUCGCGACGGUCGAGCGUAGUGUUGAGUUGUCGGGGGUUGUUUUUCUCGCGUUUCUUUGGCCGCGACGUUUGGCGCCGCGUCGCCAUUUUCUAUGCGCGUCCAUGAGUGUGUUCAGUGAAAAAUUCGACUUCCAGAUUCACGACACGAGGCUACACUGGCUACAGAAGAGAAAAGAGUGUGUUUGCCCGUUACCGUCCGUUCGAUCGUUUGCGUCGUAAUAAUUUAUUUAAGCGCUCUCCAUCGAAACAAGCGAACGCGAGUGUUAAUUUGUAAUUUUUUUUUCCUGACAUCGCGUUUCCCGUUCGCGUUCGCGAGUGCGGUGUACAUCAAACCAGCAGCGCAGAGAAGCACGUAACCACUGGAUUAUUUGGACCCGAGGCUUCUUCGUUCUCUUUGUCGUUCGGCGGCGCAAGAUUUCACCUUCAGGCAUUACGGACCGUUACAAACGGCGUUCCAUUAACAGCAGAAGUACGUACCUAUAUGUACAUUACCGGCUUUAAUGCAGCGGUUAACAACGCUUUGAUCAUCUCGUCGUCGUAUUAACAACGAUUCAAUUUACAGAUGACGACCGAUGUGGCGACGUCGUAAAAUCGACGCGGCUCUCCUCAUUCCACAUGGAUAUCGCGGCAAGGAAAUGAUCGUCAUCGUGGGACCUUGUGAGAAACGCGCUGCUUAACGCGGCUUCGUUUUAUCCGAAACGUCACGAACUGUCGUCAUGACGCGUCGUCUGGAUCGCGCAUGAACGAUUACGCGCUCACUUCAGAAACCACUUCGUUGACGACCCGGGGACAAAGUGGUGACUCAAAAGGACGUGUCUCUUGACGGUGUGUGACGUUAGGAUAAAAAAAAAGAAAAAGAAGUAAAUAAUAAAAGAAACGCGUGGCACGCGCGAACAGCGCGCCAGUUCGUCUCGCAGACGUAGCGAAAAAAGACACGCGAGUGUCGUAAAAAAGAAAAAAAAGGCGCGCGAGGGAUGCAAUCCACGGACGAAAGGUGGGGUCUUUGGUUACCGAUAAGGCUUAUCCGGAGAUACGAUGGCCGGCAACUGCGCUCGUCGUCGUUCCGCCGCUAGUCUUAGUGCUCAAGUGCCGUCGGCGAGAUCGUCGCGCCGCUCAGAUCGCAGCGAUAUCGCGAAUCGCGCGUCAUUCUGCAACUCCGAGGAGGUGUCUUGAGUGCCUCUCUUUUCAAGACCAGGUGAUACUGAGGAAGAGAGAGAAAGAAAAAAAAGUAUCGCAGAAAGGUACGCAAGUCUCGAGAAAAAACUCCACGAUCGUUGGCGAAAAGAAACGCGCUACGAAAAUUGCGACGACGAGCAUAAGGAGCGAUAACGGCAAUCGCCGCCGCGGGAGUGACUAAUCGUCGUUUCCAGGGUGGCUCGAGUUUUUAAUUUGACGCUUUAGCGCGUCGAGUGGACGGCGACAAAGGGCGUCGAGGGCGCGAGAGAAAAGUGAGAGGAACAGGGUAUUUCGCGUUCGAGACGAGGAUCGCGUCGCAACGGAUCUCGAAGGAUAUACCUCAAGUAUUCAUCUGACGUUCUAAAGUACACGAAAGGGACGAUCGGAUCGAUCACCUAGCGAGCGCUGAGUCGCCGAACGAGAAAGUAGUCGGAAACACCGGCGGGACCAGCAGUCAUUCGGCCGCGCGCCUCGUGUUGUCGAUUCGCGCAACUCACGUGAUGAGCGUGUGCUUCUCGCGCUGAGAUCUCGGGAGCCGUAUCGCACACACGAACGCAGUUCGUGAAUCGCUGGCCGAGAGUGUACUUGUGUGUUGUUCGCGCGUUUCGAUCCGGGAUAGAAAAUCCCCGAAAGUAUAUAGCUCCAUUUUGACGCACGCACAAGUAGAGUUUGAGGGUUGACACCUUCAAACCGCAAGCGUACAACAAUCCUGUCUUCGUCAAAGUUAAACGAGGCCGAGCGCAGGAGGCACCGACAGCCGGUCGCCAAGCGAACUCCCAUGAAAAUGCUACAGUCGCUGAACGCUCUGGCGGGCAAAAUCUCGCCAGGCUCGCCCACCGACAGCAACGCCAACAAGGUGCACAUGCAUAACAACAACAACAACAAUAACAACGUGGUGCAUCACCAUCCCUACUCCAAACAGCAGGCGCAGCCGUCUCCGUCGCACUCGGCCAACGGCGACCAAAAGGAAAACACAAUAAUGAACAACAACAGCGUGGAGCAACCAGAUCCGGAUAAUAUAAAGAUGUUUGUGGGUCAGGUGCCUCACGACAUGGACGAGAACGACCUGAGGACAAUGUUCGAGGAGUACGGCCGUGUGCAUCAAAUCAAUAUUUUACGGGACAAAAUUACCGGCAGUCACAGAGGAUGUUGCUUCGUAACGUUUUACACCAGAAAAGCGGCGUUGGCGGCGCAGAAUGCUCUUCACAACGUAAAGACUUUCAGCGGGAUGCGCCAUCCGAUUCAGAUGAAGCCAGCCGACAGCGAGAACCGAAACGAGCGCAAGCUGUUCGUCGGCAUGCUGUCGAAAAAGUUCACGGAGAACGACGUCCGGAACAUGUUUAGCGCUUACGGGAUGAUCGAGGAAUGUUCGGUGCUGAGAGACAGCACCGGGAAAAGUAAAGCCUGUGCCUUCGUUACCUUCGCUAGUAAGCAGUACGCCAUCAACGCUAUCAAAGCUCUGCAUCAUUCCCAGACAAUGGAGGGUUGUUCGUCGCCGUUAGUUGUAAAAUUCGCCGACACGCAAAAAGAGAAGGACCAGAAGAGAAUGCAGCAACUGCAGUCGAAUCUCUGGAACAUCGCGGGAGUCAACAUCGCGCCGCAUUACCUGGCCAACGACGCGCACACCCUCGCGCCUGCAUCGUUGCAGCUGUUGCAGCAGUUACAGGCGACAACGAGCGCGGCUACCCCUGUCGCCGCAAACGCAGGGGCGGCAAACGCACUGUCGAACGUGCAGCAUCAGUUGCUGCUGCAACAACACCUUGGCCUCGGCGCGGCGACACCCGCGCACGCGGCACCUCCCGCCGUCCCCAGUCCGGCGGAGAUCAACCCUGCGAAUCUACAGAGUCUGGCUACCCUCGCAUCCCUCAGCAACACCGCUGGUGAGUAUGCAAAUGCAGGAGUGUCGCCGAUGAGCAUGCAGAACCUCGUUACCUUGGCAGCUAUGACCGGCGGAAACGGCAAUCUCCAGGUGUCGCCAAAUACAUUAAGCGGCCUGGCGAAUUCGACAGCAGGUAUGUCGCUAUCUGCUCUUCUGGGGAAAACAGGAAAUACAGGGUCCACCGGAGGCAGCCUUAGUCCUGUGACAUCGCUCACGCUCAACUCGCUGACGGGGACACCGCUGAACGGGCUUCAGGACUCGCUGAGCAACGCCUAUUCCAGUUUGCAGCAAUACGCAGGGUUCCCCGCGUUCACUGCGGCCGCGGCCGCCGCCGCCGCGGCGGCGCAGAAAACGAAGUUCACCAAUACGGACAAACAGAUUGAGGGUCCCGAAGGUUGCAACCUUUUCAUCUAUCACCUGCCGCAAGAGUUCAGCGACUCGGACCUCAUCUCCACCUUUUUGCCCUUCGGCAAUGUCAUAUCCGCCAAAGUUUUCAUAGAUAAGCACACGCACAUGAGCAAAUGCUUCGGUUUCGUGUCAUAUGACAACGCGUCGAGCGCACAAGCGGCGAUUCAAACGAUGCACGGUUUCCAGAUCGGCAUGAAGCGGCUGAAGGUCCAACUGAAACGGUCCAAGGACGCCUCCAAGCCGUACUAGCCGACGUCACAGAGCGUUCGUAGGUAGAUACCAAGGACUUCUCGGACAUCACACAACCCGAUCCGACGUCCUCAAUUCGGACGACGCUCGCGCGUUUAAUUAACAACCGUCGAUUGGUUGAUUGAUUACAUGCCGCAGAGCGGAGAUCUUGCGUCUUAGCAAUUUAGGUCUUAGAUAAACAAAGAAAAUAUCAGGUGAACAGUACUUCUCACGAUGCUCUCUAGUCAAGCGGUGAUUUUUCACGAAGGUGUAGCGAGCUAACACAGACGGUCUACGAUCGAAAAGCGUCCGUCCUUCGAAGAGGAGACGUCGCCGCUCGACACCUUCGCCGUCCUAUCAAAACGAGGCUGUGAUAAUCCAGAAGACUCUCUUGUCCGUCGGAUUGACUUUUCUUCCGAGGUGCAGGAACGUAAUUUAUCCUAUUUAAACGUGUCGCUUGUGCGAAAUUUGUCCCGCCGAAAAUUGUCUUCUUUCUCUUCUACCUGCCGGGGGAUUUCUGCCCAUGUGUGAAUUUCAAGCACAUUUUAAUUCAAGUCUGUCUUAUUCUGUUCACGUCUGUGCCACGAUGUCGUAGUCACGUCUGUUUAACCUUUUCAGUAGCCAAGUUUUUUUUAUUACAUAGAAAUUCCGCUUUUUUCUUCAACAAUUCAUUCCAGUAAUUUUACGGGAGACACACACGAUAGGAAUUAAUGAAUUAAUAUUAACACGUUAUUGUUUUUUUCCGGCGGUUUAACUUUAUCGAAUAGAUAAUAAUUGACUUCAGAGACUAUGACUGAUGGUUCCUAAGUUCAAUUUUGGAUCUAGCGUAAAUCCGAUGAGAGAUAUUAAUUAAUUAAGAUUAAUUACAACACGUUUUAUAUCUAUUUAUUUAAAUAUUUACAAACAGUUUAUAUAUUAAAGUGACUAGAAAUUCGGAGACACGUUAAUAUGUUAAGUCAACAUAAAAUUUGCACGCAAAAGAGCGUGCAGAUAUUUUAUUAUCGUAAAAAAAAAUGUGUAUCUAUCAACUAGAUUAUCUUAACCCAAGAUACGUACAUACUUCUGUUCAUAUAAUGUGCACCGGUAACUUUCCAAAUAAUAAUAACAAUGGUUCUAGUAUAUAUAUAUAUACUUCUUGUGUUCAUACAAAAUGAAUAAAAAAACUUUUCAAGAUGGAGUAAUUCUCGAAUUAAAGUUUGCUGUAUCUUUGUUAAAAAAAAAAGAGAUAUUUCAUAUAACGUCAAAAAAAAAAAAAAAAAAAAAACGUUUGCUCAUUCCUGUAAAUUCAAUUUAUCUACGAAGAGAACACUUAGAUAUAAAUAAGACAUACAUGAAAAUGUUGAGCUCUGCAUUCGUUGCAAAACGGAUUUUUCUCAGAUAUCGCAAACACAUUCUCGUAUUUAUUGCACGGUGUCAAAGACACGUUCGUUUCUUCGUAUAUCUCGAAAGUCCUGGCGGCACGUUCCCCCCGGAUGAUGCAAUCAAAAAAACAAAAAAAAAAAAAACAUCUCAUCGCAAAGGCUGCCAGUAAAGCUUUCUGUGCUAACUUACUGUUGCACAAAGUGGAAUUACGUACGUGAAGUUCACUAACAAAAUACGUAGCUUUUUCCCCCUCCAUAGGAAAGUAAAAAACAUAAAAAGUAGUUUCGCUUUUUGAAUUUUCACGCAGCGUUCAAGUCUCGUACCUUGUAUAACCAUUUUGAUGAUUUGACUUUUUUCUCUCUUUUUUUUUUUCACUUUCUCCUACAUACUUUUGUAAUUUAUACUCUUUCUAUCUUUCUGUCUCUAGCUCUUUCUUUCUCUCUCUUUCUUUGUCUCAAUAACCAUGUAGUUUGAGCCGGCAGAUACCGAAAAAUACCUAAAGGAUCUACCUCACUCAUUGUAUACUCACGUCAGCAGCUAUAUAUAUAUAUAUAUACACAUAUAUAGCUGACAGCUAUAUAUAUAUAUAUAUAUAUAUAUAUAUAUAUACACAUUAUGCCGCGUGUUAUCCUUCGUUCAGUGUUCGAGGCGCAUAGAAUUCGAUACGUUUUCUCACGUGAUAUAAUAAUAUCACUAAAUCUUUUUUUUAAUGGUUAAUCACGCUACGACGCUUUAUUAGUUAGUACUAACAUUGCCAUGUGAUUUUUGGGGAAGGGGGGAGGGAGGGGGAGAGCAAAAGAAAAUGCAAGCUGCGGUCGUUGCAAGUGAUAGGCAAGCCAAUCGUUUCCGUCAAAAUAAUUGUAGAAAAGUGUUUUUUUAAUUUUUUUUUAUUUUAUUUUGAUUACGUCUUAUUGAGUUGUAUAUAAUAUUUUUGCUUUCAAACAAUCAAGAAACAAACAGCUUUUUCAACUUGCGAAACGGCUGGCGCUUGUGUCGCAUGUACAAUCUGAACGAUUAAAACGUUUGUUUUGCAAAUCUGAAUCCGGAAACUGUCGGCACAAAAUUUCACCGACCGCGUUGCAUUAGCAACGAGUUUCCACCGAUGCGCUGUCGAACACUUUGUUUCCUUGUGACUGUCCAAAGCUGAACAAAGUGGAUGCUCGUUGCUCGUGUCUGAAACAGACGACUCGGCAAACUACCUGUGUACACGAUGCGCGGUGGCGUUGAUUUGCAAGGCUCUGCGAGCUUUUCGCUUUUUUAUGAUGUUACCCAUAAUAAUCAAAAAUAAUUUUAUCUACUCGUCGCAAUUUUUUUUAUCACAGAGCUGUGUAUAUUUCAAUUCAAUGCUUCAAUCGGUGAUUCAAUUAUUUUUCAAUUUUCGCUAUAAUAAAAGCAAAAUUACGUCUAUUCUCUGUGAGAAAAAAAUACAUAUUAUAUCAUUUGUUUUUCUCUUCUGCACGCACACAUUCGUACUGCGGCGAGUGCAAAAGUGGAUCACUUUAAAAUUGAAUGUGGCACUUUACGGACGCGCAAUUGGACUUAGCAAGUCUCGCAAGGCCUCAAAGGAAACAUCACCGCGCGCGUUUGCCCGGGGUACAGACCUUCAUAUCUGGUGUGUGGUGGUGACUAACCUGUCCGUGUGUUUGUUUGUGUGCCAGCAGGUGGCCUGUGACGUUGUGACCGUGUACUCUCGAUCGGAGUCGCCGUGCCAUGUCAGUCUCAGUCAGUCAAAUCGGUAUCGACCGGUAUCGACCGGUCGAUCGAUCAGUCACGAUCCCCUGGUCAGUCUUUCGAUCAGUCUAUCUAUGUCUGUCGGUGCCUGUACAAAACAGCAACACUCGCCCAACGCGCUCUCACUUUCGUCGUAUAUGAUCCUUCGUCCCGAACCUUUUCUCUCUCUACAUUUUCACAUCCUCUUGAUUCCUCGCGCGUCUCCCAACACCAACCUCUCUGUCUACGAGAACGUCGUUCGUGUUUCGUGAUCGCACAGAGAGGAUCACUGGCGAUCCUCGAGAAAGAUUCUCGCGUCUCGUCCUCUUCUCUAUCUUCGACUACGCAUGCAAAACGCCGGACGAAUCCUCGGGACUCGCAGCAGGAGAAUUGACGAUAGGAGAUGGACGUGCGAAAACACGUCUGCGCACGCAGAGGAAUACGGACGAAGAGGGCGAAGAAAGAGGGACGAUGAGAAAGACGGAAGACGAUGCACCGAUUGCCGAGCUGGGUUCCUCGAAACUGACGCGUUACGUUAACGAUUGUCUGUCCAUUUCUCCUUUGUGUGUGUAUAUAUAAAAAAUUAUAUAUAUAUAUGGGCACAUAUUACGUGCACGCGCGUGUGUAUGGUAUGUGCGUGUGUAUGUUAAAAGCGCGGCAAGGAUACUUUCGUAUCUACCUGGCGGCGCUCUUCAUCGCAAAGAUGAAGAGGGACAAAGAGACGAAAAAAGCGCGCAAAUUGCGCAAGAAAUUUUCUUAUACAUAACUAUACAUAUAAAUAAAUAAAUAUAUAUAUAUAGGUAUACAUACAUGUUCAUAAAUCGAAUUAUCGACUGAGAACUAUUUUUAUCGGCUCUACUGUCGAGAUCGCUGUCAGCGCCUCGCCAAACGCCUGUUUAUAUAAAUACGAAAUAUGUACACUACACGCCACCUAACACACACACACACACACAUAUAUAUAUAUAUACACAUGUACGUCACAGCGAACUAAUCGCAAGUGACAUGAAUACGUGCGUGUGAAGAAGCGCGGCAGACAGAAACGCGAAAGGACGAACAAUGAUCGCGCGGUAACGGCGACUUCUUGUAGGCUUAGGUCACGCAAAACAUACCAAAAACGAAACUGAUACAAAGAAACAAAACCGAUGUAGGUAGUGGCAAAUAUAAGAGACAUUUUGUAGCUAUGACUUUGUGAUAAGAAGAUUGUACUAUAUAUAUAAGGAGGGGAAGAAACUGGGUUUUUCGGGGCCGCAUUCUGAUCCUCCAUGGGGGCCCGAUGGUGUCUCAGAACGCGAGACCACUGGGUCAGAUCGCUCAGGAGUAACACGUUAAGUGUCACACACGCACGCGUUCGAUUCCACAUCGCCAUCACAAAAAUCGUUUCGCGAACAUAGACAAGUAACACGAGAUGCGACAAGUUUUCAAACGUUUGAACGAGUUUUCUGACCGCGCGCUCAUCGCGAUCAUCUUUUUGUUUUUCAUCGGAUGCACGAAAUUUACGCGAUUAGUCUUUAGCUCUUUGUGAAAGCUGGGUAUGGGACCGAUCAGAUGAGUUGUUUGGGUCGAUUCAACGAGCUCCAUUCACACGUUUCACUGGUUCGAUUUGCAGAAUGGAAGCAACUUCGCGAUCAGAAACAAAAAAGCGAGAGAUUCACUCGAAUAAGAUGGCGUCAAUAUUUGCAAAAUAUUCCGGGACAAUUUACUCCUGUAACAGAGUGGUUCUCUAAUUUACGAAAUAAUCCUCGCUUUUGCUGCGUCUCGUUGUGAGAAUAAAGCAAACACAUCAUUAAGUAACACGUUCUGACUUUGUUUCAAGUGAAACAGAAAUCUAGACAUUUUGUUUUCGAAUAAGAUGCAAACGAUCGGAUUGCCGCGAGCAAAUGUUUUCACGUACCAAUUAUUAUUUUCAACUUGAUAAUGUUUGAUUAAAAAAACAAUCAAAGAAGCAAUGCGAUUCGAACGAAUCGAAAUGUCAAAGUCUGCACAGGGUCUAAUGAAAAGCGAGUCGUUCUCAAUGCUCUAGUCUGAAAAUGCUUCUGUAGAUAUUAACUUAAUAAAAAAACUGUGAGAUAUCUCAAAGAGAGCUGAGAAAUCGUGUUACAAAA